AUGCCCAAAAAAGGAAAAGGAAAGAAGGGCAAAGGUGCAGGAGACGACCCCAGUCUCCGCCCCCAGAUCCUGCGGGACAAGCUGAAGAAGGAGAAAGCCUACACGGCAGGGAACGCCGUGAAGCUGAAGGACACCUAUCGCCUCAAUCUGCGCGGCGAAAGAUGCUUCCAGCUCAAGGAGGACAUUGCGGCUCUGCGCCGGACGUUUGAGCGGCGGGAUCAGGACCUGAACCGCGCAGUGGAGAGGUUUGCGUGCGGCGUGCAGGAGUCGGAGCGUCUCUCGGCCCAGGUGUGGCGCGUCCACCAGGAGAAUGUGGAGCGUCUGCGCACCUUGCAGGAGAAGAGGGUCAGGUUCCUGCAGGAACAGUGGGACGUUGGCCAGGAGGUCAUUGGCCACAGGCUUGAGUUCCUUAGCAAAACUAUGGUGACCUACUUCCUGCAGGCUCAAGUGGGUUUUGAGGAUACGUUGAUCCACUUGGAGCGACACCACCAGCAGGCCUUGGCGACCAUCCACAGGCUGUACAGUGAGCCCAUGGAGGCUCACUCGGCGUAUGAGAAGACGAAGGCCUUCGAGGUGGAGGAGUGUUUCUUGGAUCAGAAUGUCAAGGUUCUCAAGAACCAAAAGGCAGAGAAGCGCUACAUCAUAGAGAAGGAGAACGUGGAGCUCAUGGAGAUGAAAAAGCAAGUCUCGGUCACCACAUCCAAGAAGGGCGUGGCGCUGUACAACACCAUCAUCGAGGCGCAGUCCAGGCUGGAGACCACUGAGAAGAGCAACUCGGCCAUGACGGCUAAGCUGACGGCCGCCAGGAACAACGCCAAAGCCAAGAUCCACAUGCUCCUGAGCCAGAUGGCUCGGGAUCGAGUGCCUGUCCAAAUGAUGAUCAAAGAGAUCAGCCUUCGCAGCAACGAUGCCGCCAAGAGCCUGAGGACCAUCAUCACCAAGGGCACCAGGGUACUGAAGUUGGCGGAGAUGUGCCGCCAUCUGGAGAGCCAGCAAAAGGGCCUAGUGGCUGCUAGAGAACUAGCCCAGGAGUCCGGGACACAGGCGGUGCAGCCAUCGCACAUGCUAGAGUUCCCUGAGCUGAAGAAGCGCUUCAACACUGCACAAGUCCAUCAAGAGGCUUUGAUGGAGCGCAGCAGGAACCUCAAGCAGGAGAACCAGCAGCUGCAGCUCCUCAAAUACCAACGCACGGACGCCAAGACCAUAAACUCUGACACCCACAACGGACCUUACAACCCCCUGCUGGUGAAACUGGCCCCCGUUAUGAAGAAUGGUGACAGUAAGCACAGGCGCUGUGUUGUUGAGGGGGUACACGCCAUCAGGACACUCACUGUGAACGAAUGA